GUCUCUGGGCGCUGGAGCGCGGCGACACUGCGGCCGCGGGAAGGACGGACGGACGGGCCGCCGGACCGUCCGGGGCCAUGGCCGAGCACGCCGCUCGCCCAUGCUGCCUGGGCUGGGACUUCAGCACGCAGCAGGUGAAAGUUGUUGCUGUUGAUGCAGAGCUGAAUGUGUUCUAUGAGGACAGUGUGAAUUUUGACAAAGACCUUCUAGAAUUUGGGACUCAGGGUGGAGUUCACGUUCACGAGGACGGGCUAACAGCGACCUCCCCAGUCCUGAUGUGGGUCCAGGCUCUGGAUAUCAUCUUGGAGAGGAUGAAGGCUUCAGGCUUCGACUUCUCUCAGGUCCUCGCCCUGUCUGGGGCGGGCCAGCAACAUGGAAGUGUAUACUGGAAGGCUGGGGCCAGCCGCGUGCUGACAAGCCUGUCACCAAACCUCCUGUUACAUAAGCAGCUGCAGGCGUGUUUCUCCAUCAGGGACAGCCCAGUAUGGAUGGACUCCAGCACCACAGUCCAGUGCCGCCGGCUGGAGGCCGCCGUGGGCGGGGCACAGGCUCUCAGCUGCCUCACUGGCUCCCGAGCCUAUGAGCGUUUUACAGGAAACCAGAUUGCAAAGAUUUACCAGCAGAAUCCUGAGGCCUAUGCACACACAGAGAGAAUUUCUUUGGUUAGUAGUUUUGCUGCUUCCCUGUUCCUUGGGUCUUACGCCCCUAUCGACUACAGUGACGGUUCUGGAAUGAAUUUAUUGCAGAUCCAGGACAAAGUCUGGUCGCAGGUCUGCCUUCGUGCCUGUGCACCUCAUUUAGAGGAGAAGCUUGGCUCACCUGUACCGUCGUGCUCUGUGGUGGGAGCCGUUUCCUCCUACUUUGUCCAGCGCUAUGGAUUUCCUCCAGGAUGCAAAGUGGUGGCCUUCACUGGGGACAACCCUGCUUCGCUGGCAGGCAUGAAGCUGGAGGAAGGUGACAUUGCGGUCAGCCUGGGCACCAGCGACACCCUAUUUCUCUGGCUCCAGGAGCCCAUGCCUGCCCUGGAAGGGCACAUCUUCUGCAACCCGGUUGAUGCCCAGCACUAUAUGGCGCUCCUGUGCUUUAAAAACGGCUCCCUCAUGAGAGAGAAGAUCCGCGAUGAGUCCGCUUCCUGUUCCUGGAGUGAUUUCUCUGAGGCGCUGCGGUCCACGGAGAUGGGCAACGGCGGGAACCUGGGUUUUUAUUUUGAUGUAAUGGAGAUCACCCCUGAAAUUACUGGGCGCCACCGGUUUAGUGCAGAAAACCGCCAGGUCUCAGCAUUCCCUGGGGCUGUGGAGAUCCGGGCACUGAUCGAAGGGCAGUUCAUGGCCAAGAGGAUCCAUGCUGAGGGCUUGGGUUAUCGAGUCAUGCCCAAGACAAAGAUUCUGGCCACCGGAGGGGCAUCUCACAACAGAGACAUCUUACAGGUGCUUGCAGAUGUGUUUGGUGCCCCAGUGUAUGUCACAGACACUGCCAACUCGGCCUGUGUGGGCUCUGCAUACCGAGCUUUCCAUGGCCUUGCAGCUGGAACAGACGUGCCCUUUUCAGAGGUGGUGAAGUUAGCCCCAAAUCCCAGAUUAGCUGCUACCCCAACCCCAGGAGCUUCUCAGUUGCUCUGUGAGAACUAUGGAAGAAUUCAAAAACUAUGCAGCCACCAACCUAGCUACUGCUUUCCUGGAAUCUGAUAGAAGUCUUAGGAGCCUGAAUAUAAUUUACUUUCCCUCUCUCGCUGCAAUAGUAGAAGCAUGUAUCAAAAUGUAACCUCCA